GGGAGCGCCCCCCGCUCCCGCCGGCCGCCGGGUGCCGCCGUCCGCUCUCCGGCCCGCCGCCGUGCGCCAUGCAGCCGCCGCCCGCCCCGCGCGCGUAGGCGCCCGCCGCAGGCCAUGCUGCUCCCGCUCGCCGCGCUGCUGGCCGCCGCCUGCCCGCUGCCGCCGGGCCUCGGCGGGGCGCCCCCCAACGCCUCGGUGAACGCGUCGUCCGCCCGCGAGCCCGCCGCCCCGCGCCUGCUGGCCUCGCCGGCCCCCGCGCCCCCCGAGCGCCCGGGCCCGGAGGAGGCGGCUGGGCCGGCGGCGCCGUGCAACAUCAGCGUGCAGCGGCAGAUGCUGAGCUCGCUGCUCGUGCGCUGGGGCCGCCCGCGGGGCUUGCAGUGCGACCUGCUGCUCUUCUCCACCAACGCGCACGGCCGCGCCUUCUUCGCCGCCGCCUUCCACCGCGUCGGGCCGCCGCUGCUCAUCGAGCACCUGGGGCUGGCGGCGGGCGGCGCGCAGCAGGACCUGCGCCUGUGCGUGGGCUGCGGCUGGGUGCGCGGCCGCCGCCCGGGCCGCCUCCGGCCCAACGCCGCCGCCGCCGCCGCCGCCGCCGCCACCGCCGGGGCGCCCACCGCGCUGCCCGCCUACCCCGCCGCGGAGCCGCCCGGGCCGCUGUGGCUGCAGGGCGAGCCGCUGCACUUCUGCUGCCUGGACUUCAGCCUGGAGGAGCUGCAGGGCGAGCCGGGCUGGCGGCUGAACCGCAAGCCCAUCGAGUCCACGCUGGUCGCCUGCUUCAUGACCCUGGUCAUCGUGGUGUGGAGCGUGGCCGCCCUCAUCUGGCCGGUGCCCAUCAUCGCCGGCUUCCUGCCCAACGGCAUGGAGCAGCGCCGGACCGCCGCCGCCGCCCCAGCCGCCCCAGCCGCCCCAGCCGCGGUGCCCGCGGGGACCACCGCCGCCGCCGCCGCCGCGGCCGCCGCCGCCGCGGCCGCCGCCGUCACCGUCACCUCGGGGGCUGCGGCCAAGUGACCCGCCGCGCUCCCGCCGCGCUCCCCCGGCGCACACCCGGCCGCUGUGCUUCGUGCUGUAGUGACCGUCAGUUCUCCCCCCGGGGGGGGGCCUCCGGGGGGCCCAGCGGCUUCGCCCCGCGGGGCAGGUGCCAGCCCGGGCGCCCAGGGGUGCCCCCCGCCGCCCGCCCGCCGCCGCCCGCCGCCGGGAAGGCCGAGAGGAGCGAACCCGGGGCCCCCUCCCCUCCGCUGUAUCCCCCAGCCCUCCCCUCCCCGCACCCACGUGCCCUAGAUUCACGGCAGAAAACGACCAAAUCCUGUGUAUUCGUUUUAUAUAUUUAAUAACUGUUUUAAAUGAAAGUUUUGGUAAAAAAAAAAAAAAAGAAAAAUUCAAAUUGCUAUUGCUGUAGUAAGAGAAGCUCUUUGUAUCCAGA